AUGGCGGGCAGGAAGCAGUCGCCGUUCGUUGGGAAGACGGUCCCGCUUGUCGACGCCGACGGCGGGCCGAUUCUCUACAAGCGCUACAGAGAUGUGUCCGAGAUAACGACGGCAAGUUGUCAGGGAAAGACUGCUGGUGUCACAUCCGAAGAAGUUGGCAAAGGUAAGCGAGCUUCCAAGGCUGUGGACCUACACAUUUGUGCCACCCAGUGGUGGCUUGCUUUGCUGUGGAUGCCACUGGAUGCCCUGACAUUGAGACCUGGUUGUGUCAAGACCUUGCAGCCCAGUGCUUAUCCUAUGUGCUGUUUUGAAGGAGCACAAAAUGAAGAAAGGAAGAGUCAUCCUACAGGACAAAAACGGAAAAAGAGGGGUGAGAACAAUAGCCCUGGUGAUGCUGUUCAUGACGAAUCUAAGAGGACCCAAAUCUGCCGUUUGGCUGGUGAAUCGGUUUCUCAUGAGACUGUAGGCAAAUUGUUUGUCAAGGAAAUGCCACAAUGUGGGAAAUCCUUCUUAGGAACAGGGGAGCCUGAUAAGAGUGGGGUUGAGGGACAUCAACCCUUAGCUGGGCAAGCUGUCAAAAAGGCAAAGAAGAAAAGAAGGGAUAACAACAAAGUGCUGAACCCGGUGCUAGUGGCCAGUGGCGAUAGCGAGGACAACCAUCUUGCAGUAAAUAAUGUAAAGGACAGGAAGAGCAAGAAAAGGAAAAGGGACAGCAGUGGUUGCAACUCAUUGCAGAAUGGAGUUGUCGUGGAGCCCGCCCCAGGGGUGGUUUCUGAUGACUUACUUGAUAAUAAACCCCUGGCGAUGACCCAUGGGGAGGAUGAUGCACUGCUGAUUGAGCAGUCAAGCAAGAAGAUUGAAAAGAGAGCCAAGUCGAAGCUUCCCAAAAAGCGCAAGGAGGCAGAAGAGGAGAGAUGGCAUUCUGACCCUGAGGCAGCAACACCUACGAAACAUCAACAUCAUCAUCAGAAGAAGAAGAAGAAGAAGAGUAAAGAUCCCGGGAAACAGAAUGUUGAGCUUUCCAGCUGUUGCGAUGACAAGGGCAGUGGCCCCCACAAUGACUCUGAGUGCUCUUCAAAGGACACACUUCAAGGCUCCUUGCAGGGUGUUGCAGAUGGAUGUGGGGGCUCUGGAAGUGCAUCAGCAGGGGCAAAUGGCCUAGGUUCCCAGGCGACACAGCCACCAAAGGGUGGUAACGCUGAAGAGGCGGCAAGGAUGCGCAACAUUCUGGGAUUUACACAUGCCAAAAACCAGCCUACGGCAGACUCUGUUUUUCAAUUUCAGUUUGACAGCACCAGGCCGCCGGUCAGAGAAACAGCAGAUGAUCAUGGAGAAGGGAAGAGCGCAAAGGGUGUCGAUGACACGAAUGAAAGUUGUAACAAGGCGAGCGGAGAUUUUCCCUUCAGCAUAUAUGCUGGCGGGAUGCCUUACUUUUGGAGUGAGGAGGACAUCCGGCAGUUCUGGAGUGAGUGUGGGCAUGUAAUCUCUGUCCGCUGCCUGACUUUCGGCGACUCUGGAAAGUUCAGAGGCAUUGCCUGUGUGUCGUUCGACACUCAGGAGGGGCUGCAGGCUGCCCUAGCAUGCGAUGGAGACCCUUGUCAGUGUGAGGGCGACCAAGGCAGGGGCGUUCACAGCUUCAAGGUUGCUGUCAAGAAGUGGACGGGAGCAUUGCCAACACCACAUUCACAGCGGCCAUCCAACACAGCUGGGAGGCAUGGAGGUGCAAGUGUUGGCAAGACCCCUGGGUACAAUGUUGCAUUCGUUUGCAACAUUCCGUACAGUGUAAUCGAGGAGCAGCUCCUUGAACUGUUCUCAGAACACGAUGUGGACAAGGUCAGGCUGCACACGAACCAGUACACGGGCGUGUCCUGCGGCUUUGCCCACGUCCACUUCAAGAGUGGGGCGGGCCUGGACAGUGCGAUGGCUCUGCAUGGCACAGAGCUGAACGGGAGGAGUUUGGUGGUGGGAUAUGCAAAGCCGCCACCCGGAUUUUCGCAGAGCACCGCUGCAAGGGAAGCGAGUGGUCAAUCAGAGGGUCCCAGGAGCAACGGCAUUGGUAGCGCUGGAGGAGAACGAUCCUGCGGCAAGAAGAUCCCUGGCUACUAUGUGGCCUUUGUGUCUAACAUUCCCUAUGAGACGAACAACAUGGAUCUGAGGAGGCACUUCAAGGGAUGCCCCAUUGAGAAGAUCAUCUUGCUGACAAACAAGCAGACCGGCGAGUUCGUUGGCAGCGCCUUUGUUCAGUUCGCCGAUGAAGCGUCCCUGGAUCGGGCGGUGGGGAUGGAUGGGCGAAAGAUGAAGGAGCCAGCGGUGCGGCAGCUGAGAGUGAGGUAUGCACAGAAGAGGCUGAAGGAGUUGAUGCCCAGUGAAGAUCAGAAGGUUGCCGGAGGCGGCCAGGGAAGGACGGGGCGGCUGUCAGACGGGGGCGGCAAUGGGGAUGAGGGGCAGGGAAUGGGGAGAACUGAUGGACGAAAGCGUGAGAAGGGAGACAAGGCCAGCUCGAAGGCCGGCAAGGUCAAACAAUGGACUGAAGAGGAUGACCCGUUGCUGGCGUUGCUGUGA